AUGACAAAGCGCAGCGCGCACGACGCCGACAAACCAUUCUGGCCCAUCUUCACGCUCCCCAAACGGCAGCGGCAGGUCAGACGCGCCGCGUCACCCACCCCCUCCCCCUCCGAGCCUACUCCCGCCCCGCUCGACUCCAGCGCCUUCCCGCACAUUCUCGAGCGCGUGAUCGACAUCGCAGACUAUAAUGCCCUCCUUGCCCUCCGCACCACAAGCAGGCGCGUGUCUCGGCUCGUCGAGGCGCGGCUGUACGCACAUCUCGUCGUUGGCUCGAUGAAGGAGUACUCGGCCGGCAAGUUCGUACUCAAACAAGAGCAGUCAUUCACAGCGCCUGCGGACCGGCGCCUGCCUGGCUUCCCACCCCGACGGUGGGACGAGUGGCGCCCGUACCCCGGUGGUCUCUGCUUCGAAUGGCAGCCGGCACAGAAGCGUGUGGCCAAGCGUCUCCGGCACGUCCUCACCACCCUGGACAUCAUCGAGCCUUCGGAGCAGCUUCUGGGCUGGAUGGCUUCCUACCUCGAUCCGACCUACGUGCGCGUCUGCUGUGCCACGGAAGGGCACUACCCCCCCGGACGACCCUUCGCCGUUGGGCACACGCUCGUCAUGUUCCCCCCUACGCAGCCGGCGAUGUCUGUCGCAGAUGAGACAUUCGGGAUGUUCUGGCAUUUCCACCCCGCCACGCGUCGGGUCGUGCACCACGUCAAAGCGCCAGUGGUGUCGCACCAGCCCCUCCUUUACGCGCCGCUGGACGACUACAGCGCUGAGCUCUGGGACGCCACGAAAGAAUACUGUGUCCACCUCGAUGAGCAAGGGUGCGGCGCGUGUCGCACCCGUGAUUGCAAGAGUCGCCGGCCAGAUGCCAUGAACGCCCCGCGGGGGCCUCGCACCCACGACGAAGCGGACGGCGCGCCCGUAAGGAGCUCGCUGAGUGCCGGGCCCGUGUUUCCGCGUCACGAGGUGCUCGUCUUCAGCGACCCAGCGCCGAACCUGCCACCCAGGCUGCUAUCAAUGACGCAGGCGACCGCUACCAAGAAGAACGGUCGCGCUGCGAGGUACCAUACCCUCGCCGUCGAGCUUGCCAGCCUCCUGAUGCGGGGCAGUAUGGUGACGCUGGUGGACUUGGAGGCCGCCAGGCCAUGGCUGCAGUUUGAUGAAGUCAACGGAGUUGAGCUGCGCGACGAGCUGGUACAGGCUACGAUCGCGGCGCUCGCUGGUCGUGCGCCGUUCGCGACAGUGUUCCCCUCUCUCUCGGAGUUUGUGAGCGAUAAACAAGCGGCCGAGUUGGCCGGGAGGCUGGUGUUCACCACACGCACGGAGUGGGAGGCGGGCCUGAGUGCUGAGGACGUAGCAGCGUUCACCGUGCCACAGUUUGUGGCUUCAAGAAACGAACCACCUGGAGAUGGUCAGGGCGCUCUUCCAUGA